AAUACAUAAAUUGGACUCCUUUUAGCUCCCAUCAUACUUUCCAUAUUAUAGUCCAAUUUACAAGACUAUUAAACGACUAAAAUAUUACCAACACUUCGAAAAUUGAAAAAGCAUAAACAAUUUGUGCGUAAAAUUAUGUGUAUACAGAAGAUUGCAACCUCAAACUCCGUACAUAGCGAGAGCUUUUAGGGUACGAAAGUGUCCCUUUUUAGCUGGAAAUUUGGUACAAUUGAUGUUGAUGAUUUGAAAUGGAUCUGAAACCCUAAUAAACAAGGUAAAAUUAGUGCUGCCAUUUUUUUGUAGCUGGAAAUUUGGUACAAUUGAUGUUGAUGAAUUGAAAUGGAUCUGAAACCCUAAUAAAAAAAGCUUGAAUUUCAUGUGGUGAUUAUUGGGAUUGGAGUUAUUGUUUGGAUUAUAGUUGAUUAUUGGAGCAAAUUUGGUGUUUAGCUUGAAAAUGAUGUGGCGAGUAUUUGGAUUAUAGUUAUUGUUUUCCAAUUGGGGAGCUGAUUUUUGGAGAAAUCAGUAUUGUUUUUUCAAUUUGGGAGGUGAUUUUUUUGGAGAAAUAAGUAUUGCUUUUUCAAUUUGGGAGGUGAUUUUUUGGAGAAUUAAGUGUUGUUUUUCUACUGGGAAGGUGUUUUUUUGGAGAAAUUGGUGUUGUUUUUCGUCCGGGAGCUGGUUUUUGGUGAAAUCAGUGUUUGUUUUUCCAAUUAGGAAGGUGGUUUUUGGAGAAAUCAGUGUUGUUUUUCGUCGGGGAGCUGGUUUUUGGAGAAAUCAGUGUUUGCUUUUCCAACUAGGAAGGUGGUUUUUGGAGGAAUCAGUAUUUUUUUUUCCAAUUGGGAAAGUGGUUUUUGGGGGAAUCGGUAUUGUUUUUCAAUUGGGAAGGUGGUUUUUAGAAAAAUUUAUUUAAAUUGGGGAGGUGAUUUAUGGAGAAAUUAGUGUUGUUUUUUCAUUUGGGGAGGUGAUUUUUGGAGAAAUUAGUAUUGUUUUUGUAUUAGAAAGGUGAUUUUUGGAGAAAUCAGUAUUUCAGGAACCAAUCUGUGUCAAGUGUCACUUGUAUUGGUGAAGAACUGGACCAUUGAGAAGUUCUUCAACUCUUUUGAUUAAUAGAGGAAUUGGGAAAGUUCGAAAUCUUUUCCUGAAGAAGUUACCUUUUCCUGAAGAAGUUAGAGUGUCUGUUCUUUUUUAAAAUGCACGCCAGGAAUCGGAGUCCAGUAGAUGGGUAUAAGUCUAGUUCAAUAGGGAUGGGUGGUGUGGCAACUGCUUCACGGGUUUCACCCGAUGGAUCAGUGAGAGGUCGUGGAUUGAACAACUCAGAAUACAGAAACUAUAACAGAGGUGGAUUCGGGCGUGGACAGUCGAGGCAAUUUGCAUUUCAGCAGCCUUCGCAGGGAAAUGAUAUUUUCAUGGAAGCUGGACGGUUAGCAGCUGAGUAUCUUGUUUCUAAGGGGCUUCUGCCACCGAAUGCUCUUUCGGGGAAAUUGCCAAAUGGUAGAUUAAAGAGCCCUGUUGGGAAUUUGCAGGGAUUUAAGCGGCCUGAUAUUGAUGAAGGUCAGACAUCAACUGUUUCACGUGUGGAGAGUGAUGUGGGUCCUGGUAGGAGAAGGUUUCCUGAUGAAUAUGACACAGUGGGUUCAAGAAAUUAUAUGAGAGGAAGGAGAAGAAACGAGUCUUUUCGAAGUUACAGCUCUGAGUUCAAUCGGGAAUUGCAAAGGACUGGGUCGUUAGAUAGAGCCAGGGCCUACCCUGAUGUGAACGGUCAAGAUGACUGUUUAGCACGUGAUAGAGAUGGACAAGAAGUGGCUAAAGAUAGUAAAGGGAUGUCAUCUAGUUCCGUUCCUGAUAAACAAAAUCCAGACAUAGAGAGUGCCGUGGAGUCAAUGCCCAGUGAUCCAAAACCUGCCUUGGGAGAUUCUGUUAAAGAGACAAGUCCCAUCAACACUGGAAAUGAUCUUCCAUUAGAUGGUGAACCUGAACCAAAGAAGUCUGAUGACACUGGAAUGUCGAUAAAAGAAGAUGAUCCUGUUAAUCUUGCCAACAAUAGUGAUGGGUUGGAGAAAAUAGCUGGCAACGAGGAUAUAGAAGUCAAGUUUUUCAGCAAAGAACAUACUCAGACCAGCAUGACUAGUAAUGAUUUACUUAGCUUAUGCAAGUUUGAGAAUGUUCCCACGAGAACGCGAUCUUCAUUGGCCAACAGAGGUUUGAAGGCUGGUCAUGAUUCUGAAGAUGAGGAUGCUCAUGCGAGCGAGCUUCCUAAAGAAACUGAAGUGCAUUCCCAAGACAUCCCCGUGGAUGCUUCCCCUGUUUUCAUUUUAUCAGAUCAAAGCCAUGAUGCAAAAAGCCUUGAUUCUGACAAAUUGAAACCGCCGUCCACUGUGGAAGAAUCGGGUCUUACUUAUACCAUUAAUCAGGUAAAUGAGACAAGUUCCUCGUCUUUUCCUGGAAGUAUGUUAAUGAGGGAGGGAGAGAAAAUAGAGGGACCAAGUGAAAUUGAAACUUGCAGUUCUAUAGCCAUGGGAAGAGGUGAGAAACGAGAAUUAGAUGACAAUGAUGAUUGUAAGGGAGACACUAAGAGACCUAGAGAAUUGGCUUCAUUAACAAGUACUUUCUCAGAUGUCUUUUUGUACCAUUCUAAUUCAAUGGAAAAGCAGCAGACGUCACAGGAACCAAGGAGAUCACAUAGCGAGCCAUUAAUAUUUCCAUCUGAGAAGAAGAGAUUGGUAGACAUUUCUAUGAUACCCGAGGGUGAUGCGAGGCUGGGCAGUGACUUCACGGAGAAACAACUUUUGCCUAGUUCCUUUAAGGCUUUUGAUCUCAAUCUUAUGGAAACUUCUGAUAUGAAUGAGAAUCAUGAUGCGGAUCCUGUUCAAAUCUUCCCGGUGAUUACUGAAGGUGUAAAACAAGAAGCACCAGUUGAUAUUCAUCUGACCAUGAGUAGGAACUCUGGUAUAACAAGUAACUAUGCUAAAUCUAGCUUUGACGGGAGAGAUGUUGAGGUGAUUGAUUUGGAAAAUGAUUCUGAACAAGAAGACAAGGCGUUCAAUAACCCUGAGAGAAGGGCUGAAGUUGUAUUCACUGGAACAGAUGGUUUUUCUAAUAAUGCACAUAAUACCAACAACCUACCCCACACUCAGGAUGGUUAUGGACUUAUGAUUUCAGAAUUACUUGGGAAUGAUAUAGCAAACUGUUCUCCUCUACCAGCAGAUAUGAAUUCUUUGCACAAUGAUAUGGGUCUCCAUAAUGGAGAGGGCAUGCUUGGUGACGAUGACUCAAUAUACAUGUCCUUGGAAGAAAUUCCGAUAAGUUUUCUGACGCCCUGGGAGCAGCCGUCACAAGAAUUUGGAAAGCCAUUUUGAGCUUCUUAUUGGAUUACCUUCCUAUUAGUUGAACUUCUCUUUGAUUGUGUAUGUCUUGAUGUUCCACAAGCGGUUCACACAAUCUUCUGAAGAAUAAUGAUGUGUAUUUGUUUUUUAUGUAAAAUAGCUCAUCUCUUGCACCUUGUUGUUCAUAGAAUUUUAUGGUUGUUCCUUUUUUUUUUUUUUUUUGGAUAAGUUAAGCUUGUAAUGACCUUCACAAGGUAGGGGUAAGGUUGUAUAAACACCACCCUCCAGACCCUAUUUGUGGGAUACACUAGGUUUGCUGUUGUAAGUUAAACUUGUAAUGAUUUUAUAUAAGUAGCUCAUACAAUCACCCAA